AUGCAGCUCACAUGGAAGGACAUCCCGACGGUGCCAACGUCCAACGACAUGUUGGACAUUGUGCUUAACCGUACCCAAAGAAAGACCCCCACUGUGAUCCGGCCUGGAUUCAAGAUCACGCGUAUCCGGGCGUUUUACAUGCGGAAAGUCAAGUUCACAGCAGAGGGCUUUACCGAGAAGUUUGACGAUGUUUUGAAGGGAUUCCCAAACAUCAACGACGUUCAUCCUUUCCACAGAGAUCUGAUGGACACCUUGUACGAGAAGAACCACUACAAGAUCUCGCUUGCUGCUGUUUCGCGUGCGAAAACCUUGAUCGAGCAGGUUUCCCGAGACUAUGUGCGACUUUUGAAGUUUGGUCAGUCGCUUUUCCAGUGCAAGCAGCUGAAACGUGCUGCUUUGGGACGUAUGGCCACGAUCGUGAAGAAGUUGAAGGACCCGUUCGCGUACUUGGAGCAGGUUAGACAGCAUUUGGGCCGUCUGCCGUCGAUCGACCCAAACACAAGAACACUCCUAAUUUGCGGUUACCCCAACGUUGGUAAGUCCAGUUUCCUCAGAUGCAUCACCAAGGCCGACGUCGAGGUGCAGCCGUACGCGUUCACCACCAAGUCGUUGUACGUGGGUCAUUUCGACUACAAGUACCUGCGUUUCCAGGCCAUUGACACCCCUGGUAUCUUGGACCGUCCUACAGAGGAGAUGAACAACAUCGAGAUGCAGAGUAUCUAUGCGAUUGCGCAUCUGCGGUCGUGUGUCCUGUAUUUCAUGGAUCUUUCUGAGCAGUGUGGUUUCAGCAUCGAGGCCCAGGUCAAGCUGUUCCACUCUAUCAAGCCGCUGUUUGCCAACAAGUCUGUGCUUGUGGUGGUGAACAAGACGGACAUCAUCAGCAUGGAUGACGUGGAUGAGGCGCAGGCUGCUCUGCUGAAAACCGUGUUGGAGGUGCCGGGAGUCGAGAUCAUGCAAACGUCCUGCCACAACGAGGAGAACGUGAUGGGGGUGAGAAACAAGGCCUGUGAGAAGCUGCUCACGUCGAGAAUCGAGCAGAAGCUCAAGGGAACCGCCAGAGUGAACAACGUGCUGAACAAGAUCCACGUUGCCAGACCGCAGGCCAGAGACGACAUCGAGCGUGCUGCGUUUGUGCCCGAGGGAGCCAAGCAGGUGGCCCGCUACGACCCAGCCGAUCCUAACAGACGGCGUCUUGCACGUGACAUCGAGGCCGAAAAUGGGGGUGCCGGUGUUUACAACGUCAACCUGAAGGACAAGUAUCUUUUGGACGACGACGAGUGGAAGAACGACGUGAUGCCGGAGAUCCUGGACGGCCGCAACGUGUACGACUUUUUGGACCCGGACAUCAGCGCUAAGCUGCAGGCUCUUGAGGAAGAGGAGGAGAGACUGGAGCAGGACGGGUUCUACGACUCCGACGAGGAGAUCGAGGACGAUGCUGUUUUGGAGCUGAGAGAGAAGGCCGAGUGGAUCCGCAACAAGCAGAAGCAGAUGAUCCAGGCUGCGCGGUCGAGAAAGGCGCUCAACAACAAGUCUGUGAUGCCACGGAGCAAGAUCACCAAGAGCUACGCGGACAUGGAGGACCACAUGUACAAGGUUGGUCACGACGUGACGAAGCUGAGAGAGAAGCGCGACAGGGCAGACAGCGCCCGCAAGUCUGAUCUUGCUGGUGCGGACUUUGUGCGUGCCACGGACGAGGAGAGAAGCGCGGGAAUGCCGGUCAACCAGACAGACCGUCUUAACAGCGGUCUAACGGACGGAGCUUUGCGUAGCAAGGCUGAGAGAAUGGCCAAGGCAGAAAGAAGAGAAAGAAACAGACAGGCCAGAGCAGGAGAGGCCGACAGAAGAGAGGUGGCCAUGAUGCCAAAGCACCUGAUGAGCGGAAAGCGUGGAAUCGGAAAGACCGACAGAAGAUAG